AUGGAGAGUCUACAGAAGUUUACAUCAGCGCCCGACAUGAAUGAGCUGCACCGCGUUGCUGCAUCGUUUGAGCAAAAGAUCUUCUCAACGGCCACCAAUCAGGUGCGAGCAAGCAACGGCCACCAAUCAGGUGCAAGCAAGCGACGUUUUCAUUCGACUCAAAAUUGCGCCGUCCCCGCUUUUCCUUUCCCCCUUCCCCCGUUGGUGGACCUCUCGUUCCCCCAAUGUGCCCCCUUCCCACGGACCUCAGGACGCAUAUCCCAGAAGAUGCUGGACAUCAAAUCAGGAGCAAGCAAGGGCCACGCUGCAGGCUGCAAGGCGGAUGAGCUUUCUGCCUCCCAGCCCUCAGCACCACUCACUCUCCCCCGGUGUUUACCCCUCGCCCCGCCUUCCGCCUCCCUCCAACCUCAGGACGACUACCUGUGGCGCAUAUCCCAGGAGAUGCUGGACAUCAAGAGCAAGGGGCGCAUGUUGCAGGCUGCAAGGCGGAUCAGCCUUUUCCCUCCGAGGCCUCAGUACCACUCACCCUCUCGCCCCUAA